GGAGACGCUCGCUUUCACAUAUGCAGAGGCCCCUUGUGCUGUGAACAGGGAAGAAGCCCGCAGUGCCAAAGUCUCAUCAUCUCUGCUGAGGAUGCCGCAGACAAACAAGUCCAGAAACGCCCCGACGUCUGACUCUUCGGGCUCAGUCCAAGCAGGAGCCGCAGCAGAAGAUCCGGAGCCGGUGUCCCGGGAGGUGAACCUAGCUGCGGGAGAUGCAGGGGGAGGAGGAGAGGAUAAUGUCGGAGACAGCGAGAUCACCAAAUCCCCCAGUGACCCCAAACAGUACAGGUACAUUGUGUUGGAGAACGGGCUGCGAGCUCUGCUCAUUUCAGACUACAGUGGUCCAGCAUCCUCAGAAGACGAGGACACAGAUGGAGAAGAUGAAGGGGAAGAAGAAGAAGAAGAAGAGGAGGAGGAGGAGGGGGAGGAAUCUGGAGAUGAAACAGGGGAUGAGUCUGGGGAAGACGACGACGACGAGAAGGGCAGUGAUGACGAUGAAGAUGAUGACAUGGAGGGGAAGAAGAGGAAAGGAAAUGCAGAGAAACAGUCUGCAGCUGCACUGUGUGUUGGCGUGGGCAGCUUCAGUGACCCCAGUGACCUCCCCGGCCUCGCCCACUUUCUGGAACACAUGGUGUUCAUGGGUAGUGAGAAGUACCCCUCAGAAAACGGCUUUGAUGCGUUCCUCAAGAAGCACGGAGGGAGCGACAAUGCUUCCACCGAUUGCGAGAGGACCAUCUUCCAGUUUGACGUCCAGAGGAAAAGCUUCAAAGAGGCUCUUGACAGGUGGGCUCAGUUCUUCAUCUGCCCCCUGAUGAUCCGAGAUGCCAUUGAUAGAGAGGUGGAAGCCGUUGACAGUGAGUACCAGCUGGCUAAGCCGUCUGACUCCCACAGGAAGGAGAUGCUGUUUGGCAGUCUGGCCAAACCUGGACACCCUAUGGGCAAGUUCUGCUGGGGGAAUGCGCAGACACUGAAGCAGGAGCCAAAGAAGAAGAAGAUCAAUGUCUAUAAGCGGCUGCGUGCCUUCUGGAAGAAACACUACUCUGCCCACUACAUGACUCUGGCUGUGCAGUCAAAAGAGAAGCUGGACACUCUGGAGGAGUGGGUGAGAGAGAUCUUCAGCAAGGUGCCUAACAAUGGUCUGCCCAAGCCAGAUUUCUCUGAUAUGCUGGAUCCUUUUGAGACACCAGCCUUCAACAAGCUCUACAGAGUCGUUCCUGUUCGGAAGGUUCAUGCUUUGAAUAUCACCUGGGCUCUUCCUCCUCAGGAAAAACACUACAGAGUGAAGCCUCUCCACUACAUCUCUUGGCUGAUUGGCCAUGAAGGCACAGGAAGCAUCCUCUCAGUGCUCAGGAGGAAGUGCUGGGCCCUGGCUUUGUUUGGAGGAAACAGUGAAACUGGCUUUGACCAAAACACCACCUACUCCAUCUUCUCCAUCUCCAUCACCCUCACCGAUGAAGGAUUCCAAAACGUCUACCAGGUGACUCACCUGGUGUUCCAGUACCUGAAGAUGCUGCAGACACGUGGACCACAGCAAAGAAUAUACGAAGAGAUUCAGAAGAUUGAAGCGAAUGAGUUUCACUAUCAGGAGCAGAUUGACCCAAUAGAAUAUGUUGAGGACAUCUGUGAGAACAUGCAGGUGUUCCCUAAAGAAGAUUUCCUAACAGGAGAUCAGCUGAUGUUUGAGUUCAACCCAGAAGUGAUCAAUGCAGCUCUGUCCCUCCUCACCCCUGAGAAAGCCAACCUGAUGCUGUUGUCACCAGAACAUGAGGGCCAGUGUCCCCUCAGGGAGAAGUGGUUUGGCACACAAUACAGCGUGGAGGACAUCCAGCAGGAGUGGAUGGAGCUCUGGACAGGACACCUGGAGCUGAACAAUGACCUCCACCUUCCCGCUGAGAACAGGUUCAUCGCCACUGACUUCACCCUGAAGCUGUCUGACUGCCCAGACACAGAAUUCCCUGUCCGGAUAGCCGACAGCGACAGGGGCUGCCUGUGGUACAAGAAGGACAACAAAUUCAAAAUCCCAAAAGCCUACAUCAGAUUCCACUUAAUCUCUCCUGUAAUCCAGCAAUCUGCUAAGAACAUAGUCUUGUUUGACCUGCUGGUCAACAUCCUGGGCCACAACCUGGCAGAGCCGGCCUAUGAGGCUGAAGUGGCCCAGCUGGAGUAUAAACUGGUGGCCGGUGAACACGGCCUGGUCAUCAAGGUCAAAGGAUUUAACCACAAACUGUCUCUGCUGUUCCACCUGAUCAUUGACCACCUGGCUGAUUUCUCUGCCUCCCCUGACGUCUUCAGCAUGUUCUCAGAGCAGCUCAAAAAAACUUACUUCAACAUCCUCAUUAAACCUGAGAAACUCGGCAAGGACGUUCGUUUGUUGAUCUUAGAGCAUUCCCGCUGGUCCAUGGUAGAGAAGUAUCAGGCUCUGACGGCCGGUCUGACCAGCGAUGAGCUGAUGGAGUUCAGCCGGAGCUUCAAGGCCGAGCUAUACGCGGAGGGACUGGUACAGGGCAACUUCAGCAGCACUGAGUCAGUGCAGUUCCUGCAGUAUGUCACAGACAAGUUGCAGUUCUCCAAGUUGCCAGCAGAGGUGCCGGUGAUGUUCAGAGUGGUGGAGAUUCCUCUGAAGCACCACAUCUGCAAAGUCAAAUCACUCAAUAAGGGAGACGCCAACUCUGAGGUCACUGUUUACUACCAGUCUGGCCCCAAGGCCUUAAGGGAGCACACACUGAUGGAGCUAUUAGUGGUGAGUACUGAAGUGUUUUAUUUCCUUUCCAGUCCAUCACAUCAUCCCUUCAUCCUUUACUGCAUUGUUGUUGCUGUCGUUUUUCAGAUGCACAUGGAGGAACCCUGCUUUGACUUCCUCAGGACCAAAGAGACUCUGGGGUACCAUGUCUACCCCACCUGCAGAAACACCUCAGGUGUGCUGGGUUUCUCUGUCACCGUGGAAACACAGGCCACCAAGUUCAAUACCGAGCUGGUGGAGUUAAAGAUUGAAGAGUUCUUGGCUUCAUUCGGGGAGAAGCUCAAUGCUCUCACUGAGGAGGCCUUUAAUACUCAGGUGACUGCUUUAGUGAAGCUAAAGGAGUGUGAGGACACACACCUCGGGGAGGAGGUGGACAGGAACUGGGCCGAGGUGCUUACACAGCAGUAUGUGUUCAACAGGCUCAACAGAGAGAUCGAGGCUCUGAAGCAGAUGACCAGGGCUGAGCUGGUCUCCUGGUUCCAAGAACACAGAGCACAGAACAGCCGCAAACUCAGCGUGCAUGUGGUGGGAUUUGGUGCUGAAGAGAAUGAUGAUGAGGGCGGUGGUAAAAAACAUGAAGGAGAGGGCAGCAAAGAGGAGGAUUUAAGUGGCUCUACGUACGGCGAGGUGUCUAAACUCACCUUCCUUCCUGCCUCACCCAAGUUGGCAGGUGCCAUUGCCAUCAUGGAUAUUCCUGCCUUCACUGAAGGCCUGCCCCUCUUCCCCUACCACAAGAUACUUGAAUAAACUCGUACUCAGACUAUGAGACGGGCCAGAUGGCUGAGCUUUGCCUCUUACUGAGCCUCGUUUGGGGACACUGGCUCAUUAGAGAUGCAGGCACUUAAUAUGUGGAGGUGAAGGGAGGUUGAAACAGCUUCGGCUUCUCUCUGGACCUGGAUUCUGUCUCUGGGGCCCAGCUGUAGAUUUUACUUACACUGUGUGCAUAAGCAAAAAGCCUGGAAGUGAUGAUAGAGUUUUCUUUUAGCUAAGUGAUAAUCUAUUCUGUUUUCUCACACUCAAUUAUUUUCUAUCCUCAGACAGUGGGAGUGUGGAAGCGCUCUCUUUCUUUCUCUAUCCCACACUGACUGAAAAUCUUUGAAUCGGAUUCUCAUUUAUUUGGUUCCCUGAGCUCUGCUGCUAUUGCAACACUGAAAUCCUGUCUUUUUACACUGUUUGUGCUGGGGCCCAGACUGAGUUUACUACCAUUUUAAAAUCAACUGUGAAAACUGUGGACUUGCCGAGUCCUUUGAACUCCAGAUGUAUGUGUUUGAGUGAUAGUGUGCUGGAUUUCAAGCUUUGCCGUGCGCUACUGUUAUUAGCUGACCUGGAUUGUGCCAUAGUAUAAAACUGCAAAGAAAUAAAUCAAUGACUGAUGAGUGAAUGAAUUAAGCCUACAGAAAACAUACUUUUAUCUAUUAGAUUGUCUUUAUACUAGAAGUAGGAUAUAAAUCUAUUGAAAUACGAGACUGAAAUUCGAUUUGUUUUGAUUUUUUUUUGUGUGCAUUUUCUCUAAAAUUCAGUUUAUUUUGAUUUUUUUGGUGCUUUUUUCCCUGUCAGCUUGUACUAAAGCUGGAAGGAAUUUAAAUUUACACCAUUGUGACAUUUUGUUUAUUUUUCUUUUCUGUAAAUGUCAGCUUAACUGACACACCAAUUUUCUUGACAUACAAAUUAUGUUAAAAAACACUACUAGCAAUAUAGAUGAAUUUUGCUAGGAUGCACUGUCUGACAAAGGCCGAGGUCUGUUUAAAUUCAAAAGCACGCUGAUGACUCAGUUUGCCAUCGGCUGUUUAAUUUAAGCCUCUUUUAUGUAUGUUAAAAUUGUUACUCAGUCUCUCCACCUUUUCCCUGAAGAAAAGGUUGUUGCAGGCGAUACUGUGUGGGCUUGUGGCUGGUGACACUCUGCACUAUUGAAUGUAAUUAAAAACUAAUCCAGAGCCCAGCACAGCAGAGCGUGUUAACAGACCUGACUAAUAUGCCCACAGGAAGGUCUCAUAGUGUAGCACAGUCUUCGCCUGCAGUGUCCUCACAUUCUGUAUAAUGAUAAACGAUGGAUGGCGAACCAGCUUGUCCACAUAAAUAGUACAAGCUCUGUGUGCACUGCAGGUCUACUGUAUGGGCUUGUUCAACAUCUCAUUCCAAACCCAUGACAAUUAAUGUACUGUUGUAACCAUCUCCACUCUUUUGGACCUGCAGGACAGUCAACUUCUUAUUUUUUUCUUCAAUUUUUUUCAUCUUGUGCACAAAGGUAAUUUUACUUAGUUAAAUAAGUAAAGAAAGGGUUUUGUAACUGUUGGCGCAAAGCUGGACCCACUGUCCGAAAUAUCAUCAAAAGCAGCUGCAAAACCUUAAACCUGCAUUAACUAUUUUUGGCCACUUGGGGGCAGUGGAUUCAAGCUACAGGUUAAAGACAACUGACAUUAUCACCAAUGGUGAACCUGUUAGCUAGAUGGGUAUUUACGCAUCCAUAAUUUGGAGUGUGUUUCUGUUGACCUGGUGAGUGUAAAUCCGAUACUCACUCUUUUAGCUCUGUUUUGGUCCCCACCCGCCGACAUUAGUCUGUUGGUUUUUAGAGCUUGAAUAUCAGUUUAAUUUAAUCUUUUGGAUAAUGCCACAUUAAGCAUUUAAAGUAUUCACUUAUACGAAUAGAUGUCAACUUUAACAAGAAACAGGAAGUUAAAAGUUCCCCAGGAUUCAGUUAGUUACACUUUGGGCUACAACAACCUUUUUUUUUCUCCUGGAUUUACAAAGAGCGUCUUUUUUCUACAAUUUCCAAGCAGUAUUGUAGACGUUUA